AUGGAAUCUUCUGAAGAACAAGAAAGUAAAAAUGAAGUUGAGGAGUCGAAGAACAGCUCUUCAACGAUUUUUAAGGGGUUUUCUAAAGCCUUUUCUACGGCAUUCCAAAAAAGAACAGACGCGACUCCCACUUCUUCAGUCAAUGUUAUAAAAACAAAAACGAAGAACAAGACCAUACAAAAGAACACCGCCAGAAGUAUUCCAUGUCAAACCAGCGAAUCAAAGGAAAAAAAAUACAGGAAGAUCGCAACUCGUGGAGGUAUUUUAAGGAUACUUGUUUAA